CCCUAGAAUAACACAAGAACGAGCUCCCCAAAGCGAUUUACACAGCAGAAGACACAUUUAAUAGAGUUAGUUGCGGCGAGGAUUAGUACUGAAGCGGAGUGUUGAAUAACAGUGAUUUUACUGACUCAGAGCGAUGCCAAUGAAAUGACAACAAGUCGCAAAGAUGAGUGAUAUCUUCAGCAGAAGAUAGGACCAACAAUUCCUUUCUUCGUUUGUUCUUUUCUUUCUUUCCAAAUUCCGCAUAAGAUUGCGUGCCAUAGUUAUCUCCAACAUCAUCAUGAUGAUGGCAUUGGGAAGAGGAAUAUAUGUUGCUCACAACGUGUGUUUCAGAUCAGAGCUUCAACCUAUGGCACCCGACCGCAUUGGUUCUUCCACUUCUCGCCAAAGGGACCUCGUUUUCGUCGUCAAUCCUCUAGGUGCUAAUGGGAGGACGGGUAAGGAAUGGAGGAAGUUAGUUCCGUAUCUACGGUCUCGCCUUGGUAAAGAGUGCAAUAUUUGUGAAUCCAUAACGUCAGGUCCUUGUCAUGCUAUUGACAUAACGAGAGAGGCUAUAAGGGAGGGGGCUGAUGCCGUCAUUGCUGUUGGAGGUGAUGGAACUCUUCAUGAGGUUGUUAAUGGGUUUUUCUGGGCUGGAAAACCUGUUGUUAGUCAAGUGAAAGAGUCUACGCAUUCAACUGCUCUUGGUCUCAUCCCCUUGGGAACUGGUUCUGAUUUUGCAAGAACAUUUGGGUGGAAAAAUGAUCCCCAUGAGGCCAUUGAACGUGUUGCUAGAGGGUUGAGAUCAAGGAUAGAUGUUGGUGUUAUCACAGGAGAGAGUUGUGAUCAUCAUUACUUCAUAAAUGUCGCUGACAUUCAUUUGAGCGCAAAGGCAGGUUUUUAUGCUUCUAGGUACAAGAGAUUUGGCAACCUGUGCUAUAUCAUUGGUGCAUUGCAAGCCUUCAUCGGGCAUCAAAACCAGGAUCUGAGAAUCAGGCUCAAUGAUGGUCCGUGGGAGACAUGUCCUCAAGUGACAGCCCUUUGCAUUGGAAAUGCAAAAUACUUUGGUGGUGGCAUGAAAAUUACACCAAAUGCUGAUCCUUUCAGCAGAAAUUUAGAGGUUGUGACUCUUCAGAACUUCAAGUGGUAUGAUUUUGUCUUGAAAUUACAUAAGCUAUAUAGUGGGACACAUCUCUCAGUUAAAAAUGUAUCUGAUAGAAGUGUACUUUCUAUUGAGGUGGAGGACAUCUCAGGCAAGGGUGGUAUUUAUAUUCAAUCUGACGGGGAGCAUUUGGGGUUCCUUCCAAAAAAGAUUAGUGUUGUGCCUGCUGGUAUUGAGAUGAUAUUGUGAUUUAACUGGAGAAUGACAGAAUCUGUGAAAUAGAGAUGAUGCUGUUCAUGCCUGUAAUUUGGCAGAUUUAGUAGAAGAAGGACGAGUUUGUUUUAAGUGUGUAGGCAUCGGAGUAGGCUUCUUACAUCUUUUGCUGUGGCCUGAGGGAGAGUAAUUGCAAUUUUGAAUCAGCAAUAUGUUGUCAUAUAAUUUAUUUUCUAACUGUAAAAACAUUUUACAUGUCAUCAAUAUUUUACAGUUAUAGAAUGUAAAAUAAAGGUAUAAAUUAGAAAAUCAAUCAAGUUUAUCAUGUCAUCAAUAUUUUGUAUACUUUUCAUUUGUAUGACAAUGUCAAUUACUACCUCUUGUAGUAUAGUUUUUUUACUUCA